AUAUGGAGAUAAUCAGCAAUUAUUAAAGCUGGGAACGAAACCACGCCAAAUCCCUUUUUCAGAUUCCCUCUCUUGACUCCUCCCUUCUGGCCCUCUGCCUUCUUUUCCUCUAAACUUCUCCCCACUUUGCUGCUUCCCCUUUGUCCACGGCAACUGAGGAAUUCCGGAUGUGCUGCAACUAUGCUUUAGAACGCGGAAGAUUCAAAUAGUGAGAAACAGUGACGUUAUCUAGCUACCUGAAACGAAACCCUAAAUUUCGGGGUAUUAUGGUUGCUGGAUAUUUUCCAUUUGUAGCAUGCAGACAAUAUAGGUUAAACUUGGUUGGCGUUUUCUCCGAAGAAAACCCAAGCAGCACUUUUACUUACAGAGGAAGCAACUAUGCUACCCACAGGAUCGAGAGAAACCCAAAACCGUGAGAAUAACAAUCAGAAGGUCCACCCUCAACCCAUGGAAGAGUCCAUGAAUCAGAACCAGGAAGCUGUGGAAGCCCUGAUAUCCAAAAUUUUUACAAACAUUUCUUCCUUAAAAUCGGCAUACAUCCAGCUCCAAGCUGCCCAUACUCCUUAUGACCCAGACAAGAUCCAAGCUGCUGAUAAGCUUGUAAUUUCAGAACUCAAGAACCUCUCUGAACUGAAGCAUUCCCAUAGGGAGAACAACCCCAAAUCUACCUUGGCUUCUCCUCAGGACUCCCGUUUAGUUGCUGAAAUCCAGGAACAGCAGAACCUGUUGAAGACUUACGAGGUUAUGGUGAAGAAGUUCCAGUCCCAGCUGCAGACUAAAGAUUCUGAAAUUCUUCAAUUGCAGCAGCAGAUAGAAGAAUCCAACCAGAAGCGGGUGAAAUUGGAGAAGAAACUGAAACUGAGGGGCUUGCCAACAAAAGAGUCUGAAGAAUUACAAGCUGAUAAUGGUUUCCUCAACACGGAGCUAACUCCAGAUCUCUUCUCAUCUGCCCUAGAGGCUGCCUCCAAAGCUAUACAUGAUUUUUCUAAACCGUUGAUCAACAUGAUGAAAGCAGCUGGGUGGGACCUUGAUGCAGCUGCAAGUUCAAUUGAACCAACAGUGGUUUAUGCGAAGAGGGCUCACAAGAAGUAUGCGUUUGAAUCCCACAUAUGUCAAAGAAUGUUCAGUGGAUUUCAGGAAGAAAGUUUCUCCAUUAAGCCAGAGAAUAUUACAGUAUCUAAGGAGAGUUUCUUCCAUCAGUUCCUGGCUUUGAGGACAAUGGAUCCCUUAGAUAUCCUGAGCCAAAACCCAGAUUCUGUUUUUGGAAAAUUCUGCCGGAGCAAGUAUUUGGUUGUUGUUCAUCCAAAAAUGGAGGCUUCAUUCAUUGGGAAUCUGGAUCAGAGGAAUUACGUCAUAGGUGGUGGGCACCCAAGGACACCUUUCUACCAGGCUUUUCUGAAGCUGGCUAAAUCAAUCUGGCUUUUGCAUAGGUUGGCCUACUCUUUCGAUCCCAAAGUUAAGGUCUUUCAAGUCAAAAGGGGAAGCGAGUUCUCAGAAGUUUAUAUGGAAAGUGUGGUGAAAGAUGUGGUUCCAGUUGAAAGUGAUCAGAAGCCAAAAGUUGGACUUAUGAUUAUGCCUGGUUUUUGUAUUGGUGGUAGUAUCAUCCAAUGCCGGGUUUACCUUUCAGGCAUGAAGUGCAUUGAAUGACUGUUGCUCUCUAUAGUGCAUACUUGCAUUGGGAAUGUGUAUGAUGUGUGUUGUGUUUCUUUCUCCGUUAUAUACUUAUAUGUAAUACUAUCCCUGCUGGUGUUAGUGCAUGUACCAAUCCCAAUGGUUCUUGGGAAGCUGCCACUUUUUUCUGGUCCACAAAUUGUCUUCGCCUAUGCACAACAUUGCACAUUUCUUGUAGCGAUGAUGAAUUUCUUAAGCGAAUUAUUAAUCAAGUUCCUGACAUUAUAUUAGUGAUAUAGUUGUACUAGUGCCUUAAAGUUAAAAGGUGGUUGAUAAAGUUUAGCAA